AUGUAUAAGUCAUUUCAAGAUGACGAACUCAAGGAGAAGACGCGAGAUCUCUACGGCGUUAUUGUUGAUUCCCUGAAAUUGCUUAUUGAGAUGCUGCUUCGGUAUCGCAAAGAUGAGUCGCUCUUCCGCCGUAUCAAGACACGACUGCCGGACCACGAAGCAGUCGUAUUGAAGGAGCUCGAUCUUCACAUACAGAACGCCAAGGCCGGGGUGAAAAGUCGGAUCGACAUUUUAAACGCACGAAGACUGCAAGAUAUCCACAAGGGUACUUCUGCUAUCGGUAUCGAAGUGCACACAACGCGUUCUCAACUUUGUGAAGUAUCGCAGGGUGUCAAGACUGUGAUGAAGACAUGUCAAGAGUUGAAAGACGAGUACAAACAAGGACGUUUGAGACUGAGCGAGUUACUGUCGACGGUAGCAUCCAAGAACGAUGUUGCUGCUAUAGUUCAGACUGAGUUUUUCAAGUUAGCCUCGGGAUUGAUGUAUCGAACGAGCCAGCCUCUCCAACAAAUUGCUAGAACGGAGAUUAUCGCGGAGGAGGAGCAAAGUCUUGCUCAGCAAACGAUCUUGAUGACAAUCGAAGAGCUUCUGUGGAUACUCGGCGUGGACCUCGAAUACUAA